AUGGCGGACGAUAUGGAUAUGCCCGAUCUGGAAGCCGGGUUUGCGCCAGAGACGCUGGGGCAGCAGCAAGCCGUCGCCGCCGCCGCCGCCGCUGCUCCCGGCCCUGCUGGCGCCGACGAAGUGUUGAAUGAGGAGGACGAGCUUGAGCUGGCGCUGGAGGCAGAGCUGGAGGACGCAGACGAGGAGCAGCAGCAGCAGCAGCAGCAGCAGCAGCCAGGCGGCGAGCCGCGGCAGCAGCAGGCUGGCGACGCGCAGCUGCCGGCGGGGGCCGCCCUCCAAGACGCCGCACGCGCCGCCACCACGGCCACCACGGCGCUGCAGCGGGAGGACGAGGAGCUGCCGCUCACAGACGAAGGCUUCAUAGACCUGGACCGGCUGACCGCCAAGCAGCACCAGCGCUACAACAACCUGGUCAACGAGAUCCUCACCGAGCAGCAGCUGGACCGCUACUCCGCCUUCCGCCGCUCCAGCCUGAAGAAGGGCAUACAGCUGCUGAUGAUCAAGACCCUGGGGGGCGCGCCCAACGCCAAGGCGCUCAUCGCGCUCAGCAGCGUGACCAAGAGCUUUGUGGACGACCUGGUGGCCGCGGCGAUAGGAGUGGCGGCAGAGCGGGGGGAGACCACGCCGCUGCAGCCAGCACACAUCCAUGCAGCCUACCAGCGGCUGAUUGAGCAGGAGAAGGUGCCCGGGAAGACGGCGCGGCGCCGCGCCUUCCUCUGA